AUAUUUAUUGAAUUUAUACAUAUACUAAUAUCAUAAAAAUAACACCAAAUAUCUACACGAGAUAGGUCGAGGUGUGUGUUUGUGCAUAGAUGAACAUUGCCGCGAUAAUUUAAACUCUCUGAAAAGCAAGUAACUAGGUGCCACAAUCCGCCACCGUUCAAUUGCGAACACAUUUUGUGUUGGAAGUUUUGAAUUUCCCGCCAAGCGCCAUGUUGUGGAUAUCCCGUAUCAUCCAGCGAAUGUUUACAGGCGCGUUUUCUAUGCCGGUAGCAGGUACUCCCCUCCUUUGAGGUAUCAUCACGAUUUUCUUCAGUAUUCAACAAUCUUGUCCAAGAUGGAGAGUCUAACUAGAAGAAUAAUUAUAACAAAAUAUCUGGCAGAAAGUAAAGAACAAACUUUUGACAUGGUUUUACAAACAGAAAUUAAAAAUCAUCAAGCUGUCAAUAAUCAUCAUCGUUCUAUGAAGGAACCAAGGAAAAAAUAUUUGCGAGAUGAAUAUCUUAGACGCUGGACUAAAGCAAGGCGCACAGAAAGUAGAUUCCUUUCUCAAAAUAAAAACUGGCUUGACGUCACCCUAGUUCUUGACACAGAAGACGACUGUUUUGACCAAGAUCAUGAGAAGAGAAGUAGGAGAGCAGAGAACGAAUUUGAUAUAAUGCAGAGUGAGAGGACCAAAAGGAGGAAAACAGAGGAGUUGAGGAAGAACUGUUCAGGAGAUCAGCUUGCCUAUGCUGUACAAAUGAAACUGCGGGAGUGUGGGAAAAGGGAUGCUGCUAAAUUAUGUAAAGAAGCUACUCUCACGUCUCCAACUCGACCAACAAAAAUAUUAAAUAAGGUAAAUUCAGAGUCGCAGCAUAAACAAUUAUCACCCUAUCAUGCUCUUUGCCUACAGUUAAACAGAGGGAUGAGCAAAGCUACAUAUUGCUUAAUGCGAAGUGUGCAAAAGGAGCACAACUGCAGACUCUUUCCACCAUAUGCACGUGUCUUAGAAGCUAAACAGUCAUGCUAUCCUCCUGGAAUGCUAAUAGAUGAUUUUAACAUGAAGCUUCCAUUACAAUCUCUACUUGAUCAUACAGCACGAGAUUAA